AUGUGGAGAACUCGUAUUUCACCGUCUGAAGACAAGAAGAGCCUUUCAAAAGCAAAAGUACCCCCAAAUCAGAAGUGGAAGGAAGCUUCCCCUCCCUCCCAACUCUGCGCGUUUGGCUUGCAAGGGGCGAAUGGGAAAGAAGGGUGUCUGCAUCAGAAGCCAGAAACAGGCUCCAACUCCCUGGGCUGGCAGCGUAGGGAUGACCUGUUUAUAAAACUUGCUGCUAAGAAAACAUACUGUUAUUCUCCCGAGAGUUAUCUCCUUGCAAUCGCUUUUCCACCACUUUGGGAGACACAGUGUCCUACAUUUCUCUUUUAUUUUUGGUUACCCCUCCCCGCCCCCCACGGCCCCCCGCAAGAUCUUUACCGUCCACUCCCGAUUUGUCCUUUGCAAGCGGAGGGAGGGGGGAAGGUAGCAAUCAAUGCGGCAGAAAAAGACACAUCGGACGGAGUGGGGCGGGAGGUGGAGGCCUGUGCAGCGUUUGGGGCAAGAUCCGAGCCCUGUCAUCCCUUCCACCCUUGCGUGAGAGUGCAAUCCGAGACCGUGAGCUGCUUCUCCGGUUCCGUGCUCAGCGAGGCCUGGAUCCGCACCGAGGCGCGUCCAGCUUACGUAUUUGCAACGGGGGUAAGGGGUGGGGUGGGGGAUCUAGGUGAAACCCCCUGGGGCGGAAACAUGGCCAAAAGGACCUUAUGGGACGCUCUGGGGUGUCGCUCACUCCCAACUCCUUCCUGGGGCUCGAAGUCGUCCUUUCCCAAGCCAAAGGAGGAAAGGGCGCUGCGAGGGAAGACAGAGGGCGGGUUCCCGACCCGGGAAGGCCGGUCCUCUCCACUCGCCGGGAGGAUUUUUAGUAACUGGCUCGGAGAUGAAAUGAAUUGAGGCCUGGGCGCCAGUAAAAGUAACUAUUAGGAAAGGCACUUUCACAAUUCCAAACAUUCUCUCCCUUUCUCUGUGUGUGUGUGUGCGUGCGUGCGCGUG